AUGUUGUCUAAUCUUCGAUGAGCUCUCCCGUCCUCAUCCCUUAUACCUCGAGAAUGAAAGAAAUGACGUGCUUAAGCCAAUGAAUGUAUAAUGUAUUACCCCACCAUGGUCAUCAAUUCAAUUGGAAAGAGCUGUUUGUCUUACCAAAAGGGAAUGAGGAGAAACAAAGAUUUUAAUCUAUUGAUCCAAAAAGCUUCCCGGUGUUCAUUUUCUUUUCAUUUUCUUUCUUUCCUGUGACUUUUUAAAUCACUCAAAUCUUAUUCAACUCCGAAUCGAAGAACAAUCGAUCAAUCACCAUGGCACCUGUUGAAAGCACUCAUUUCGAGACUCUACAGCUUCAUGCUGGACAUGAGCCGGAUUCAGCAACAAAUGCAAGAGCUGUGCCAAUCUAUGCUACCACGAGCUUCACAUUCCAUGACUCUGCUCAUGGAGCUAGGUUGUUUGGCCUCAAAGAGGUUGGGAAUCUUUACAGUCGUAUUGCGAACCCAACUGUCGAGGUUUUCGAAAAGCGGAUUGCAGCUCUUGAGGGUGGACGAGGAGCGGUAGCAUCUUCCUCUGGUCAAGCAGCCCAGUUUAUGGCCUUUGCCGCAUUGGCCCAUGCCGGAGACAAUAUCGUAUCCACGACGAAUCUUUAUGGAGGAACAUACAAUCAAUUGAAGGUUUUCCUUCCAAGAUUAGGCAUAAAUACCAAAUUCGUUCAAGGAGACAAGGCAGAGGACUUUGCGAAGGCUAUAGACGAAAAUACAAAAGCUGUGUACAUUGAGAGUAUUGGAAAUCCAAAAUAUAAUGUUCCAGACUUUGAGGCUAUUGCCAAAGUUGCACACGAUGCCGGAGUUCCUCUCGUCGUUGAUAACACAUUUGGAGCAGGAGGAUAUUUCUGCCGCCCUAUCGAUCAUGGAGCAGACAUUGUCGUACACUCAGCCACUAAAUGGAUUGGCGGACACGGAACUACCAUAGGUGGCGUAGUCAUUGAUGCAGGAAAUUUUGACUGGGGAAAGCACGGCAAGCGAUUCCCAGAAAUGGUUGAACCAUCCGAUGGAUAUCAUGGACUAAAAUUCUGGGAAACAUUUGGACCUGACACUUUUAUUACUCGUGUUAGAGUUGAGGUUCUUCGAGAUUUGGGAAGUUCAUUGAAUCCAUUUGGUGCAUUUCAAUUGAUCCAAGGCCUUGAAACUUUGAGCUUAAGAGGAGAGCGACAUGCUCAGAACUCAUUGGCGUUGGCAAAAUGGCUUGAGAAAAAUCCACACGUUUCUUGGGUAUCAUAUCCAGGAUUGGAAAAUCACCCAUCCCAUGAGUUAGCCAAGAAAUACUUGCCUCGUGGAUUUGGUGGUGUUAUGAGUUUUGGGGUUAAAGGAGGAGGAGAAGCUGGUAGCCAGGUUGUUGAUGGCUUCAAAUUGAUUUCUAAUCUAGCCAAUGUUGGAGAUUUAAAAACUCUAGCUAUUCAUCCAUGGUCUACAACCCACGAACAACUUUCUCACGACGAAAGAUUGGCCUCUGGUGUCACUGAGGAUCUCAUCAGAAUCUCGGUUGGCACAGAACAUAUUGAUGAUAUCAUUAAGGAUUUUGAACAAUCAUUCGAAGCAGCUUCUGCAGCGAAGACAAGUGGUGGUAACGACUCAAAUGCCGAGAAGACUGGUAAUGUUAGUGGUGAUGCUAAAUUGGUUGUUUAA